UUGUGAUUUUACAAAAUAUGGGACCACACAUCCUAUUUGGAAUUAUUUUGAAAAACUUGAACAUGUUACUGGAUUUCAACAACCUCGAGCUAAAUGUUUUGAAUGUAAUUAUGAAUUUAAUGAAGCUACAAAGCCUGCAAAAAAGCAUUUUAAAAUAUGUCAAUUAGUUUCAAAUAAUAAGCAUAAAGAAUAUGCUGAGUUAGAAAAAGUUUAUAAAACUACAAAUAAAAAGUCGGAUUCUAAUAUAGAACCAAUAUUAUCAACUACAAGUUCACGAACUUCUAGACAAUCAGUAAUAAAUUUUGCAGUAGUAGAUUGUAUUAUGGCACAAGAACAAAAAGCAUUAGAAUUAAAGUUUGCUAGCUCAAUUUAUCAAUAUAGUCUUGUUUUGUCAUUAAGUGAAUUACAACCAAUUAUCGAUUUAUGGAAACAAGCAAGACCAGCUUUUAAAUUACCAUCACGAAGAUAUUUAUCAACUACAUUACUAGAUAAAGUUUAUAAUGAAACUAAAAAGGAAGUGCAACUUCAUAUUUCAAGUUGUAAUAAUUUAUGUUUAAUUUUCGAUGAAUCAUAUGAAUUUGAUAAAACUAAUGAAAUUGAAAUUGGUAUUUGGGAAGAUAGUGAUUUUGAUUUGGAUAAUACAGAUAAUUUGUCAGAUAAUGAGUAUAACUCUCAGGAAAGUGAUGAUGAAAAAAUUUCUAGCUCUGAUACUGAAAAUUUUUCAGAUACAUCAGAUUCUGAAUAG